AUGACGGUGAUCUCUAGCCUCAAGCAGCCUCCAGAGGAAGUUUCUAUCACUGUCGGCGGAGUGAACGUGCCGUUCUCGCGCUCCAUAAAGUACUUGGGGGUGCGUGUACAAGACCACCUAUCAUGGGUACCCCACGUUAAGGAGAUAACUCUGAAGGCCACGCGGAUUGUGCACGCCGUCAAUCGACUCAUGCCCAACCUCCAUGGGCCAAGGACCUCGAAGUCUCGCUUGCUGACAAAUGUGGCCGACUCGACCAUGCGCUACGCAGCACCUGUAUGGACGAAGCGAUUGGCAAUCAAGAGUGCUGCAGAUUACUUCGUCGGGUGCAACUCACGGAAACACGGAGACGUCACGUUCCACCUAUCCCAGGUCCUUUCCGGCCACGGUUUUUUCCGGGAGCACCUGUGCGGUAUGCAACUCACGUCGUCCCCGGACUGUACGCGAUGCCCCGGCGUUGCGGAGAGCGCAGAACAUGCUAUGUUCGAGUGUCCGCGAUUCGACUCAACCCGAACAGAGCUGCUGCACGGAGUCGUCCCGGAAACGCUGCUUGAACACAUGCUCCAGAGCCCAGAGAACUGGAGUAAUGUAUGUGAGGCCACCAAGCGGAUAACAUCAGCGCUACAGCAGGAUUGGGACGAAACCCGGUGA